AUGGACAGUGUGCUGAGGGGGACCAGCUGGCAUUCGCGCUUCAUAUUGAGCUCACAACUACGCUCUGUGCGUGGCGUCUUGCAGGGUCAACUGAGGACACCUCCCGCAUGUUUGGUGUGCGUGUUGUCACAUACCAUUACGGUGGGGCACCCGGUUCUACGCGCCUCCUGCGCUGGGUCUCUAGGUGAGCGCUUCACGCAGAGGAUUCAUGGUCCAGUCUUCUCGAGCCUCUCCUUUUCUCUUCUCCUGAGUUGCCUUGGCUCAUGUUUUCCUGCACAUAAUGUGGAUCAGAAAACUCCCCCUCCUCAAAAUUACACAGGAGUCUGUAGUUUAGCUCCUGAGGCUGUAUGCAGAGCGUACAUGCCCAUAUAUAUUGUCGUGCUGCUCCUUAACUCAAUUCAACAGAGGUUUGUCGGCUUCCCCCAGAGACAGGGCCGUGUAGAGCAAGUAUCUACAAACUUUACUACAACCCAGAGAUGCAGAGACGUGAGCCCUUUCUCUACAGCGGUUGUCAAGGCAACGCCAACCACUUUGACUCUGUUGAAGCGUGUCAGUAUCUGUGUCAUCCCGAGGGCAGCGACGAGAAUACUGCCGCCCAAACUACAACAAGCAGAAGAAGGUCUGACAAAGGAUGCACGGAUCUUUCCAAUUGUCCCUGGAUUCGCAUCCCUGUCGGAACAGAUUCACUGA